CUGGCCGCCGUCUUCUUUGCUGUUGUGAGGGCUGGGGCGGGCGAACGCGAGCGCCCGAAGCAAGCUAGCGCGCGCGGCUGCUCCCGCUCCGGCUCCCGGGGCUGGGGCUUGCAUUUGCAAAGGGACCCAGCCGCCACGCUUUCGCUUAAAGGCACAGGCGAGGCGGAGGGGCAGCCUGCUGUGCGCUAUGUUGGGGAUCAGCGGGGAGCUCUGAGUGCGUGAGCGGCUGCGAUGGCUUCCAAACUCCUGCGAGCCGUCGUGCUGGGUCCCCCGGGCUCUGGCAAAGGGACCGUGUGCCAGAGAAUUGCCGAGAACUUCGGGCUCCAGCACCUUUCCAGCGGGCACUUCUUACGGGAGAACAUCAGGGCAAAGAGCGAAGUUGGUGUCUUGGCAAAGCAGUAUUUAGAGCGAGGUCUUUUGGUGCCGGAUCGUGUCAUUACCAGUGUCAUGAUGAUGGAGCUGGAGAAAAAGCAGUCUCAGCAUUGGCUACUUGACGGUUUUCCUAGGACACUGGUGCAAGCUGAAGCACUUGACAGAAUCUGUGAAUUGGAUCUAGUGAUCAAUUUAAAUAUCCCAUUCGAGACGCUGAAAGAUCGUCUAAGCGCUCGUUGGAUUCACCCAGCUAGUGGAAGAGUGUAUAAUAUGGAGUUCAACCCACCAGAUGUACAUGGGAUCGAUGACAUCACGGGUGAACCAUUAAUCCAACGGGAAGAUGAUAAACCUGAUGCUGUUGCUGCUAGGCUAAGAAAAUACAAAGAUGCUGCAAAGCCAGUAAUAGAAUUAUAUAAGAGCAGAGGUGUCCUACACACAUUUUCUGGGACAGAGACCAACAAAAUCUGGCCUUAUGUUUACACUCUGGUUUCCAGCAAGAUCCGGCCUGUCAAUUCCAAAGAAGCUGAUUAACCAUCUUAUGUAGAGGAUCAAGAAUUUAAUAUGACCAUCUGAAAAUUGCUGAGGGUCUCGGCGGACCACUUAAUGAUCUUUCCAAAUGUUUUGUACCGUUAGCUAACUAUUGUAAAGCGCUUUGGAUAAAAGCGCUAUAUUAAAAAAAAAACCUUAAUAAUAAUUUAAAGUUUUUUAUUCUACAAAUAAAAGCACACAACUCAUAUUUUAAUAUCAGUAGUCUUACCUUUCUAAUGUGAUGGAUGUGCCCUCUCUCCCCUGCCGCGGCAGCCCCCGAGCUGGGGCUGGGAAGGAGGGGGGUAUCUUCCCCCGCCACAGCAGCCACAGAGCUGAGGCUGGGAAGGAGGGCCGUCUCUCCCUGGCAGCCACAGCCCUGGAGCUGGGGAAAGUCACCUCUUUCUUUGGCCACCACAGCCCUAAAUUCCCCCCCGACCCCCUCUUCUCACCCCACUGCCCACUCCCACCUCCCAAGGCCACCACUUCACCUUUCAUGUGCAUCCUCUCCAGGGUCCAGGCACCUAAUUAGUGAAGCCAUGGCUCCGUGGCUCCGCUAAUUAGGUGCGUGGCCCUUCAUUUUCUUAUGUGCGGCCGCCAAGGUGCGCACCAUAGAGGGAACUAUCCAUGGACCACCUGAAUGGAGCUCGUGGGCCACUGGUGGUCCGCGGACCACAGUUUGAGAACCUCUGCAAUAGACAAUUUGAUUAAUUACAACAGUUAAAAAGCAGGGCAAGUGUCUGCUGCUGAAAUGUCAUAAUUCCUGCUUUUUGCUCUUGAAAAUACACCCUUGAAAAGUGGCUAUAAAUCUGUAGGGGGAGGAUUCUUAGGUGGAACUUACUUUGGCUUUCUGAGGCCUGGGGAGAUUUGUUUGAGUAGAACAUUUUUUUAUUUUAAAGCACCGAAAGAAUUGUCAUCCUACGUUAAUGCUUUUCCCAGCCAGGAAGAUGCUAAUGUUUGUCUUGGCACUCUUUUGGGAUGGGAAGACAGUGGAUUAUUGGUAUGUUUGCACCCUCCCUUCUUUCAUACCACUCACAUUACAUUGGCCCAGUAGUGCACUAGAUUUCCAACAGCCUUAUUCUGGAUUCCAUUUUCUUUCCUAUAAAUCGUGGCCCCCUCCUGCUCCUGGCAGUAGAAGGCACACUCCAGUAGUCCCAGGGUAUUGCCACCAGUUGGCCAUUGUCAGCACUAGCCCAUCAGACAGGCAGGCAUCCUGUGACCCAUUUGCGUCUUAGCCAUGAUGAGACUGAGCAGUAUUGCACAGUACGAUCUCUCACUGAGGACCGUGACUGUUGCAUUCACAGUAGUAUAACUAGGAAGUUGGACCCUAUUUUGAUUACAGAACCACUGUGAAAUGUGGUGAGGUAAGUGCCUCCCUUGCUGGAAUGCAUGGCUUUGGACUGGGAUCAGACAGCUUUCUAAAGGUCAUUACUGUCCCUUUCUAAGUGAGACAAAGCAGAAUUGGUAUUUGUACUGCUGUGGUAUGAAAAGGCUGAGUGGAAAAACCCCAAUGGCCUGAACUGAUCUCUCCACUAGUGUAUGGGGCAGGGUUUUGAGGUGCGUGGCGGGAACAACCUAGAGGACAUGAAGAGGUGUGUGCAACCCUUCCUGGGAACCCAUGUUGUGCACCAGGGUACGUAUCAAUCCAUAGAGUUUUGGGGGUAAGGCCAAGAAUGGGAGGUGUAGCACCAGUUAUGGAUCUGCUGGGGUGGGAGGCCUGGUUCUCAGCUGCCUAUCCAUUCUCCCCUAGUUGCUUUCUACUGAGGGUAAUUAUAUAAAGGAGGCACUGAGGUGUUCUAAGGCCUGCUCUCAAUGGAAGACUUCCCACUGACUUGAAUGGAGCAGAAUUGAAUUACAGCACUAACAAGGUUCUCUCUUGUGGGAGGACAGGGAGCAGCCGCAGAGCAUGCGGGAAAUCUGUGCUAGCUGUAUGGAUGGGGAACUCCUAAAAGGGAUCUACCAUCCAUCUAGUUAAAACAUACUUGUAAUGAUUGGUCCUUUCCACUAGCAGGACUGUACUCUAAACAAAAGAAAUGGCUUAAAUUCAUAAUACAUGUUAGCAACAAAAGGGGUUAUUUGAAAGUAAAACUGCUGCUUGAAGAAACAAAUGAGGCUCCUAGAAAACCUCUUCUUUCACAAAGUGGUUACGUAAAGGGUAUUUAAAUUAUUUAAAAACAGGGACAGUGGGAGGUGCUUGUGUGCACAUCUCUGACCUUGAAUGCUGGUAUGCUCCACUCACUGCAUGGGACAGACCAUUGCUGCAUUUCUAGCCAUCUGAGGAAUCGCAUAUGCUGUAGUAGUCACUGUUUGUUGCCAUGAGUGUCUGUUCUGUGGGAUGAGGGUUGCCAGAAGGGAAGGCGCUAGGGCAGGAGUCUUCAGAGCACUCACAUUCCCACAUGCUAGUGAGAAGUGUGAUGGAGGGAAGGCCGAGUCUGGGAGAUGUCUGGAUGGAGCCCUUGGAAAGCGACUGCUGUACGGGGUGGUGAAGAGAAUAAAUGUGACACCUAACUAAAAAUUCGUAAUAUCUAAAAUAUAUAGGGUUAAAUUUAUCAAAGUUGCUAAACUGAUGCAGCUGUGGAGUAGGAGGAAAACACUUACUGGUGGAAAAAUAAGUGAGUGGGAAGGGAUGCAUUUGAGAAUAUUUUCUGUUUGCCAAUAGGUGUUAAACUCCUGCUGGAAAUGCUGUGUAAUCUCCAUUUUAAGCAAGCAUUCAAAUCCAGGGUCUCAUUUCCCUGCCUUUACCAUCCUGCCCUCCAGUGCCGUUCAGGGGGAUAUAUUUGAACUGUGUCAUUUGGGGCUUUCCAUUGUAUCUAUUCUUUUUAUUUGCUUUUUGUCUCUGUAUUGAACACAUGAAAUGUUUUAAGCGUCUUCCUUGAGACCAUUCUCCUUAUCUUUAUCCAAACCUACGAAAGAGCAAAUGCUGCUGUUUCCAUUGUUUUUCAGGCUGUUGUAUUUCAUAAGACCAGAGGCUCUUUUGGGCAUCUCAUGCUACAUCUUAGGGAAAUUAUUCUUCUAGUUAUGCAAGAUGAAUGGCUUAGAACAACAUUUGGACAUGCUAGAGCCACAACAAUUCCUAGAUGGAUGGAGACCUGCACCUUUGAGCUGUAGCUAGAACACCUUUCACUUUAUUUAUGCCUCUCUCUCUGUUCAUUAGUAGCCUUAGCCUUUUUUACAUGCAUGUAUAAUAUUUCAUAUUGGGCUUUCUAAACAUUAAUUAGUCCUUAGGCAGUGCAUGCUACCCCUAUUUUGCAGAUGGAGUAUGUGACUUGUCCGAGAUCACUUGCUGACUCUGAGCGUGAGGCUGUAAUCCUGUGCACAGUGCAUUGGACUGCGUGUGUGUAACCUUCUGCUGAAGAAAUGACAAAACUACCUGUUGGAGAUACGUCCAUCCCCCGUUCCCACACAGUAUCUGCAAACGCCAUUCUUGGUUGCCUUUCUUCUGCAACUGUUUUUAAUUGUUAGGUUUCCCUUAAAGUUACCAUAUUUAGAAGAUGAUUGUUGCAUGUCCAGGUUGUUUUGAAUGAGAGAACGUUGUGCAUUAAUCAUAGGACUGGAAGGGACCUCAAGAGGUCAUCUAGUCCAGUCCCCUGCACUCAUGGCAGGACAAAGUAUUAUCUAGACCAUUCCUGACAGGUGUUUGGAGAUUUUUUAAGAGCAGGUCAGACAAAGAUGGAGAUUCCAUAACCUCCCUAGGCACUUUAUUCCAAUGCUUAACAACCCUGACAGGAAGAUUUUCCUAAUGUCCAACCUAAACCUCCCUUGCUGCAAUUUAAGACCAUUGCUUCUUGUCCUAUCCUCAGAGUUUAAGAAGAACAAUUUUUCUCCCUCAUCCUUGUAACAACCUUUUAUGUACUUCAAAACUGUUCUCACAUCCCCUCUGUCUUCUCUUAAUGUUCUUAGAUUUUAAAUUCACUGAUACUGUCUCCACUGCUGGCAGUUUUCAAAUUUAGAUUGGAUGUUUUUUUAAAAAAUAUAAUCUGGGAAUUAUUUGGGUGAAGUUCUAUGGCCUGUGUUAUACAGGAGGCCACACUAGAUGAUCACAAUGGUCUCUUCUGACCUUGGAAUCUGUGAAUCUAUGAAAAUCGCAAUCGCUAUUCUUUGUGGCAUCUACAAACUUUUUUUUAAUGUCAAUUUUUUAAAGAGGUGUAAAUUCUUUACAUCAAUUUGACACCUGAUCACCUUGGGGAUAAUACUAUAUUUACAUACCACAGCAGGGCAUUGGUGGCUCGACAUAAAGCACUGUAUAAGUAUGAAGUGUUUAUUUCAAAGAGUUGGCACUCACAGCAUGUGCAUUCUUCAGGGUUUAAUGAUGCUAUGGAUUGGAGUGGUAGCGUAUUAGGAAGUAUACUAACACUAUACACUACACAUGGUUGCACUGGCAUUUCAGCACUGGGUUUUUAGUUUUGAGUUUGUAAGAUGGCUGCCACACCUGUUCUUUAGUGCAAGCAGAAUCCAGGAGACCCUGAAUUGGGAUAGGAACCCCAAAACUCACUUGAAACUGGGUACAAUCUGGUAAUCUGUGUCAAAUCCAACAAUUUAUGAUGAUUCCGCUCAUCCCAGAGUCCAGCUCUACCUUUUUAGUUGUCUAUGGUGUGUGCAAAGGGGUGGGGGGUUUGGAGUGUACAGUUAAAGGGAUGGAAUGGAUGGGUGUGUAUUUACCUUAGAACAGCUAUGGGAGGGCUUGUUAGAGGUUUUAGGCCCUAAAUAAAUCAACUUUUUUUUAAGGAGAGGAACAGGUCUGGUUUUACAAGGCAUGCACUAAUUAAAUAUUGCUGUGCAAAUUAUCUAGAUACUUGUAUUGUGUUUUUAAAGGAUGGAUCCAAUCAUUGCAGAGAUAAACAUCUUCAGUUUGAACUGCAUCCCAUCCCACAGCAGUUGAGUCACAGAAUCUACCUAAGUUAGUUACACCUCUACCCCGAUAUAACGUGACCCGAUAUAACACGAAUUCGGAUAUAACGCGGUAAAGCAGUGCUCCGGGGGGGAGGGCGGGGUGGGGCUGCACACUCUGGCGGAUCAAAGCAAGUUUGAUAUAACGUGGAAAGAUUUUUUGGCUCCUGAGGACAGUGUUCUAUUGGGAUAGAGGUGUAUUUUACUUCAGCUUUCUCCUACAGUCUGAAUCCUCCUGUCAGAACACAACACAAUUCCCCACUCCAUCCCCUGACUUUGGUACUUUACUGUGAAUCUUAUGCAUAUUUUUUUUUUAAUAAAGUGGUGACAGUUCUGUAAUAAACCAAAGUCGGGGUUGGGAGGAGGAGGUUUCCUCUGUCUGUCCUCUUGCCUAGGGAACCAUUUGGUACUUGUAUGUUUGCUGAUGGCUGUAAAUAUAACCGCGGGUUUAUUCUUGGAUGGUCUCGUCCCUGGAGAAUCACUACAGCUAUAUUGCCAUUUGGUAUAUGUAAAUAAAUGUUUUCCCCCUGCUUCUA